AGGAUCAUAAAUCCGUUGCAAGGUUUAUAGCAUAUGCGUUGUGUUCAGCUGAUGAGGCUCUUAAAGAUGCAAAAUGGCUGCCUGAUGAAUUGGAAAAGAAGGAAAAAACGUUUCCAACUUAAGAAACAUCAGGGUGUUUCAAUUGGUGGAGGUAUUGGGAGCAUCUCCGACAUAUUAGAUGCAUCACAGCUGAUAUGUGAGAAGCGUUUACGUCGGCUUAGUCCUUUCUUCGUUCCACGUAUAUUGAUCAACAUGGCAGCAGGUCAUGUAAGCAUGAAAUAUGGAUUCAAGGGUCCAAACCAUGCUUCAGUGACAGCUUGUGCGACUGGAGCUCAUUCUAUAGGUGAUGCCACAAGGAUGAUUCAGUUUGGAGAUGCUGAUGUAAUGGUUGCUGGAGGAACUGAGUCCAGCAUCGAUGCUUUAUCAAUUGCUGGUUUUUGUAGGUUGAGGGCAUUGUCAACGAAGUAUAACUCUCUUCCUAAAGUAGCUUCUCGACCAUUUGAUUACAAUAGAGACGGAUUUGUGAUAGGUGAAGGUUCUGGCGUCAUGGUACUGGAGGAGUUAGAUCAUGCAAUGCAACGAGGAGCAAAAAUUUAUGCUGAAGUCCGAGGUUAUGGAAUGUCAGGUGAUGCUUAUCAUAUAACCAAGCCACAAUGUGAUGGAAGAGGUGCUAUUUUAGCCAUGACGCGUGCAUUGGAACAGUCAGGGCUUCAUCCCAAUCAAGUAGACUACAUUAAUGCUCAUGCUACCUCCACUCCACUGGGUGAUGCCAUAGAAGCCAAUGCUAUUAAAUCUGUCUUCAAAGAUCAUGCGACUUCUGGUGCUUUAGCACUGUCUUCCACAAAGGGGGCUACUGGUCAUCUCCUUGGAGCAGCGGGAUCUGUUGAAGCAAUCUUUGCUGUAUUGGCUAUUCACCACGGAAUUGCACCGCCGACACUCAAUCUUGAUAAACCUGAUCCUGUUUUUGAUGGAGAAUUCAUGCCUUUAACUACAUCAAAGAAGAUGCCUAUAAGAGCUGCACUCUCCAAUUCUUUUGGCUUUGGCGGUACCAACGCGACCCUUUUAUUUUCCUGCCCACCUCAACUAUAGUUUCAUUAUUUAGGAUUAUUUGUCAAGAAAUAAGCCAAUCAAAUGCGGGAAAAAAAAGCUGAAGAUAAGCUAUUGAUCACAAAGAUCACAAACAAAGAGUUGUAUUAUUGUUAAUUAUGUCGUAUUUACUUCAAAGGUUUGUAUUGUAAGGGCUUUCUUUGUUAGGUCUAAGAAGAUCUUUUUGUUCUUUCUACGAAUUGAUUAUGAGCUGUAAUUCAUCUGUAGGUGGUGUUGUUUGUAUUAUUGGGGUGGAAUAGUGAUGUAAUUGAUAUUUAUUCUUUUUGGCUAAGUAAAUUAUUGCGACUUGGAAGUGUGGUUGGAAUUA